UCAAACAUUCUACCAGCUUCUCAACAUGCAGUUCUUCGUACUCGCCGCCUUGAUCGCUGUCGCCGCAGCCAAUUCCGACUAUCAUGGCUCAACUUAUCCGACUUCAUCUUACAACAGGCCAUCUUAUUCACCUUCAACUUACGACGUCCAGCACUACGCCCCACAGCCGCACGCUUUCAACUGGGCCGUCAACGAUGGUUAUGGCAGCGACUACGGCCACAUUGAGACCAGCGAUGGCAAAGUGACAACCGGAUCUUACCGUGUUCUGCUUCCCGACGGCCGCACUCAGAUCGUCACCUACAAAGCUGAUGAAUACGGUUACACCGCUGAUGUGAAAUACGAAGGUGAAGCCAAAUACCCCACUUACUCCGCACGUACUUACUCCGCACCAGCUUACUCCGCCCCAGCUUACUCCGCCCCAGCUUACUCCGCCCCAGUCUACUCCGCCCCAGUCUACAAGACUUCCGCCAAUGUUGCCCGUGACUACUAAGCCCAUGAAAAUUCUGAAUUUUUAUGGCUAA